AUGGCGCCGGAGCGGGGACCCGGGGCUGCCCCGCCUUCUGGCUCCCCGGCACUGCUGGACGCCCUGCUCCAGGACCUCUAUGACUUUGGAGAGACAGAAGAUGAAACAGAACAGAAGAGAAUCGGGAAGAAAAGGGAAAACAAGAAGAGACAUAUAGAAGUUCCCAUGGCCUUGGCAGCAGAGCCAGCUGUCCUGCCUGGUUCUCCUGUAAGAAGCCAGAAGAAGAGUGCUUCCAGUUUCUUCAAGAAACUCAGAGAAGAGCUGCAGUGUACUGCUGGCACUCCCACUGGUCCUUCUUCAGGACCCAAAGUCUCUACUGCUGCAGUGUCUCCCUCUCCCUUAAAGAACAGCACACGACAAGUAGAAGUGGUGGAAUUUCACAGCAGAAAUAAAGAAAGAAAGCUGAAGCCAGAUCAGGAUGAGAGCACAAAGACUAAAACUAGUGUUUUGGAGAAAGAUAUGGAUAUACAAGAAUUUAACCUAGAAAAGGCUCGUUUGGAAGUGCAUCGGUUUGGGAUCACGGGUUAUGGAAAAGGAAAGGAAAGAGUCCUGGAACAGGAACGUGCCAUCAUGCUGGGUGCUAAGCCUCCCAAAAAUAGUUAUGUGAACUAUAAGGUUUUGCAGGAGCAAAUCAAAGAAAAAAAGGCAGCAAAGGAAGAGGAAAAGAGAAUGGCCCAAGAAACAGAUCUUUUCAAGAAAAAGAAGAGGAAAGGACAGGGAGACAGGACAUCCAAAAAGAAGAAGUCGGCUCCCAGUAUUUUGUCCAGUGGACGGAUUGGACAGGUUGGAAAAUUCAAAUAUGGGGCAUUGAUUCUGAGCUCAGUUGAUAUCAAGAAAAUAAAUUCUUCCAGAGUGGCUAAAUGAAGUACUCGAUCAGAUAAAAAGAACGGGAGCACCUGAGUCAACAGCCCUGACACUGGUCCCCUGCAAGAUAUCUAGAUUAUGAUUUCAUGUUUCACAGACUGCCUUU